CGGAGGUGAUAAAUUACAAUCUUCAGUGCUCUGCAAUGCAAAGUGAGGUUUAAUGAUCUCACAAGACUGAAAAGGCUAGAACAUGUGUCCGUUGAUUCAUUAGCUGUAAAGAAUUGAAUGGAAGAAAACUUGAUCAAGAGGCUCUUAGAUUUUUAGGUAUUAAGUCAUGAUGCAAGAAUCCGCGACAGAGACAAUAAGCAACAGUUCAAUGAAUCAAAAUGGAAUGAGCACUCUAAGCAGCCAAUUAGAUGCUGGCAGCAGAGAUGGAAGAUCAAGUGGUGACACCAGUGCCGAAGUAAGCACAGUAGAACUGCUGCAUCUGCAACAACAGCAGGCACUACAAGCAGCAAGACAGCUUCUUCUUCAGCAGCAAACCAGUGGUCUGAAAUCUCCAAAGGGAAACGACAAGCAGCGAACAUUGCAGGUGCCUGUGUCAGUGGCCAUGAUGACUCCCCAGGUGAUCACCCCUCAACAGAUGCAGCAGAUCCUUCAACAGCAAGUGCUGUCCCCUCAGCAGCUUCAGGCUCUACUUCAGCAGCAGCAAGCAGUCAUGUUACAGCAGCAACAGCUGCAAGAAUUCUAUAAGAAGCAGCAGGAACAGUUGCAUCUUCAGUUGCUACAGCAACAGCAGCAGCAGCAGCAGCAACAACAACAACAACAGCAGCAGCAGCAACAACAGCAGCAACAACAGCAGCAACAGCAACAGCAACAGCAACAGCAACAGCAACAGCAGCAACAGCAACACCCAGGCAAGCAAUCAAAAGAGCAGCAGUUGGCAGCCCAGCAGAUUGUCUUCCAACAGCAGCUUCUUCAAAUGCAACAAAUCCAGCAACAACAGCAUUUGAUGAACUUACAACGUCAGGGACUCAUUACUAUCCAGCCUGGACAGCCGUCCCUUUCAGUCCAAUCUCUGCCACAAGGAUUAAGCCCUGCAGAGAUUCAACAGCUCUGGAAAGAAGUGACCGGCGUGCAUAAUAUGGAAGACGGCGUUUUGAAGCAUGGCGGGCUGGAUCUCUCCGCCAAUAAUUCUUCCUCUACUACCUCCACUACCACAUCCAAAGCAUCACCACCUAUAACUCAUCAUUCGUUAAUGAAUGGACAGACUUCAGUCCUCACAUCAAGAAGAGACAGCUCAUCACAUGAGGAAACUGGGGCCAGUCAUCCUCUCUACGGCCAUGGUGUCUGUAAAUGGCCUGGAUGUGAAAGUAUUUGUGAAGAUUUUGGACAGUUUUUGAAGCACCUUAACAAUGAGCAUGCAUUAGAUGACAGGAGUACUGCACAGUGUCGGGUCCAAAUGCAGGUUGUGCAGCAGUUGGAGAUUCAGCUUUCUAAAGAACGUGAACGUCUUCAGGCGAUGAUGACCCAUCUCCACAUGAGACCUUCUGAUCCUAAGCCAUGUCCGAAACCCCUGAAUCUGGUGUCGAGUGUCACAAUGUCUAAGAACAUUUCAGAGACAUCCCCACAGAGCUUACCUCAGACUCCCACCACACCAACAGCCCCAGUCACCCCUGUCACGCAAGGACCCUCCGUAAUCACUCCAGCCAACGUGCACAAUGUGGGACCAAUUCGAAGAAGACAUGGUGAUAAGUACAACAUUCCCAUUUCAUCAGAGAUUGCCCCAAACUAUGAAUUUUAUAAGAAUGCAGAUGUCAGACCUCCAUUUACUUAUGCAACUCUUAUAAGGCAGGCUAUCAUUGAAUCAUCUGACAGGCAGUUAACACUUAAUGAAAUCUACAACUGGUUUACACGAACAUUUGCCUAUUUCAGGCGCAAUGCUGCAACUUGGAAGAACGCUGUACGCCAUAACCUUAGUCUGCACAAGUGUUUUGUUCGAGUAGAAAAUGUUAAAGGGGCAGUGUGGACAGUGGACGAAAUAGAAUACCAAAAGAGGAGGUCACAAAAGAUAACAGGAAGCCCAACAUUAGUCAAAAAUAUACCUACAAGUCUUGGGUAUGGAGCAGCACUCAACGCAAGCUUGCAGGCUGCACUCGCAGAGAGUAGUUUACCUUUACUUAGUAACCCAAGCCUGAUAAACACCACCUCCAGUGGCUUACUGCAGGCAGCCCAUGAAGACCUCAAUGGUUCACUGGAUCACCUCGACAGCAAUGGGAAUAUCAGCCGAGGAUGUUCUCCACAGCAACAUAUACAACCCAUUCAUGUCAAAGAAGAACCAAUGAAUGCAGAAGAAGAUGAGGGUCCAAUGUCCUUGGUAACGACAGCCAAUCACAGUCCAGAGAUAGAAGAGGACAGAGAUAUUGAAGAGGAACCUUCAUCUGAAGAUCUAGAAUAAGAGGAACUUCAGAUAUUUCAACCGCAGGGUCAUAUUACAGACCUCCAUAACCACUCCAUGUCAUUGGAUAUUUGGCAGACUCUUACCGUGACUAUUUAUUGAGCAUGAGACAAGGAAACAGCCUGAUGGAACUAUCUGUGAUUGCCACUAAAUACCAUGGAAUGGCAAGCAUUGGAAAUUGCUUGUAUUUUUCCAGAACAUAGAAAAUUGGAUUGCAAAAAAUACGUUUCUGAUAAACUUUCCUCUCUGUGAUGGCUUAUCCAUAUGAAAUUGUUACCUAGCUCUUACUGGUUGAUGGAUUGACCGAAUAUCGGGAUGUCAGCUAUAUAGAAAGUCAAUGGCCUCUUAUACUGCCAAAAAUAGUGUUAGCUUCAUUAAAUGUGAAUUUUUAGUAUUCAGUAGCUAAAAUUAGAUAAUUUGCUGAUCCAGUUCAAGUUGUUGUUGAUUUUAAUUUGCACAGUAGUAACAAAAAAGUAGAAUCACUGCCUGUAACUAGUUGAACUUUGGGGACAGAUUAGGGUUUGUGUUGGUGCCACCAACUAUUAUGUUUGUAGUUAGAUAUUACAAAACCACAGUAAUUAGACUGUUGUGGAUUUCUGAGGAAAUGAUGACCUCAGGCUUCCAGUCUGUGCUGUUAGUGUUGAAAUGUAAAGUGCAAUCUUAAAUGCUUAAAAAAAGUUUGAUCAUCUGUGUGAGUACCAUAUGGAAAUUAUGCUUUUCUGCAUACUCUACAACAGUUCUCUUUACCUCCUUGUAUUUAAUCCUUGUCUACCUGUAAACAUUUUCAAAGGCAACAGCUAAAACCAAAGUCAACCCUGACAAUGGCCAAUAGCUCAAUGACAGAAACAACCAUUUCAAUGGCCCGCCUUCUGUAACUUUAAUUAGUACAAAGGAACAUUUAUGUGAACUACCUGCUGUUUUCCGAUGAUCUCUGGGAUUCAUUUAUUUAACCCUAAGGAAAGAAAGUAUUCAAUAUGACAAAAUGAAGUCAGAUGUGUGAUCUGCUGAGUUCAAAAAAAGUUCUGAUGGCAAAUGCUACACAAUAACAAUGAUGUGAAGAAGGAAGUUAUAGUGGAACCAGCUAAAUGUGCAUCUUUGACCAAAACAAAUUAUAUGUACUUGAUGCAACUACAUAAUUUAUAUAGGUGUUUUCAUUUCUCACUUCAAAUAUACAUUUAGAGACUAGCAAUGCAGUUGAGAAUAUAGUGCUGACAAACUCACUAGACUUCAUUUGCAUUUUUUCCUGUACAGACAACAGUUUAUACUGGUGGCUUUGUAAUGUUUCGUAAAACUUAUGUCUUGCACGUUCGUCUUUUUUCAUGUUUUGUUCGUCGAGAAGAGUUUUCAGAUUUCACUUAAAAAUAACUGUAGUAACCAAACAUUGAAAAACUAGUGAAGCCAAAAAAUUAUUUUCACUUUUGAGUUCAAAUGAUCUGGCAGAGUUUUAAAAAAACGAAAGCAAUUUUUAUACUCAUUUCAAAUCAUAGUGUUUAAUAGUCAUUAUACCAGACAUUUCCAUUUCUAUCAAACCAAAGUUACACAAAUUUCUGCCUCUGCGUAUAUGUGAUGUUAAGGCUUAAAGUGUCUGCUAUACCUAACAAUGCAUAAAAAAGUUUUCCUAAGAUGUUUCAUGAUGCAUUGUGAUGUAGUUUUUAAAAAGAUACAAAAAAUUGCUUAACACUUAUACUUAUUAACUCAAAAUGUUGCAUUUCACUUUGUGUGCCAAUUCUGUGAAAUACCUUACAUUUCCCCCCCCAACCAAGGGACCUCAUAACCUGAUUAUGGUUAUUGCUUUACAAACAGUUUUUGACAGUUCGUGGCUGCUAGUGUUUAACAUACUUGCCAGUUCCACGUGAAGGAGCUGGUUCCUGCAAACCAAGCUCAUCAUUUAUUAUUUGCUGGAGUCAGCAAGUAGACUUUAGACAUACACAGUCAUCUAUCACACCAAAUAAAAGGACACAACUGCUUUCAGUAGGGUUCUUCCACUCACCCUAAAGGUUUUCUGAAAGCUUCUACCUCUGCAUAACACACCAGAACAAUUGUGGCAGAUUGUAUUAUUUGCGAGUAUCACAGUUAACUGUUACUCUCACUAUGCUUGUCUAUAGUUCAUGGUCAAUGGAAGGCUUAUGUUACCAAUAUGGGGGAGAAAGAUUGCUAAUAGGUUGUCUUCAAACAUUUGUAGGACACUAAUGUUUGGAUUUAUAGAAAGGGAGAUAAUGUUUUGAAGUGCAUGUGUUAAACUACUCAGUUGGACCAGAAGUAAGAAUGCAUUGUGAAUUCAUCUGGAAAGAGAUCUGAGGGUACGGUGCUGGUAGCAUGCAUACCUCAGUCACACGUCUUUUGGAAAAAAAAAGUCUUAGCCACAGAUUGCAUAUACCUGUAGAAUUUUGCAUGGAUUUUGUACGAGUACGAUUAAAAAUAGCUGCUUGCACAUUUUACCAGAAGAACCUCCAAAACUCUGCAAAUGCUUACAAUAGGUUUUAGGUUUAUUGGGGUUUUCUGAUAUGCUCUGUCUGUAUUUUGAUAAUUGUGCAUAAUUAUGUAAAAAAAUGUUGGUGGACCCAUAAAUAACCAGACUUUUUUAAGCAAGCUUUGCUUUGAUGCAUUUCAUGUAUUUUUUACUCUAUUUUAUACCAUUGCUUGCUAAUAUUAGCAAACCUGCUUUCUUGCAUCUGCUUUGCAUAGCUAUUGUAAGGCUUUAAAAUAAUGUAUGUAUUUAUUGCUUGAAUUUUGGUGCAUACUUAUAUGGCAUACUGUGUGGCAAAAUUAAAGCUCAUUUAUCCUUGCUUCUAUCAUAUGCUGAUGGGGACUGUGGUCCUUUAUAUAUAUGGUAUCUUUUAGCUGUAGCACAACAAACAUCAAUUUAUGUAUUGGUGGUUUAUGCCUAUUUGUUUAUUUAUCUUUUUUGAGGUAAACUAAUUUUGAUACUUUCCAUUACUGUGUAUUGUGUUCAUGCCUUGAAUUCUCAAAAAGUUAAAAGUCAUGACUGAUAUCUGUAACAGCUGUUGUUCUGUGUUCAAGGCCCUCACUGUUGAAUAAAGUAAAGGACCAAACAUAGGACUUAAAAGGAGACUAGACUACCACUAACAACAGGGAGUUAUCAGGUUUUAUUGGACCAAGUUUUUGUCUGUAAGAGACAUCAGUGAUAUAAAAUCAUGUGAGUAUACUGUUUUAUAGGCAUAUACAUGCUUUGGUUGAACUCAUUGUAGUUGUAUGGACUGAAAUUAAAAUUUUGUGCACAUUACUAGUGUUUCUUAGAACUACAGUCGGCUUUUUCAUUGAACAGGGACUGAAUAGAAAUGAGAUUAGCCUAUCAACAUUAGCACUUGUUUAAAUCUGUUGGUAAUCAUGCUUUCAUUUUGGAGUUCCUAAAGUAUAAAACUUAAUAAAACCCUGAGUAGUGGAUAAGUAAUGAAUUGUUCCUCCAUUGGGUAAUGAACUGAACAGCAGUGAUGGUUGUAAUGUAAUGUAAAAAAAAUAAUAAUCAGCUCCUUUUUAAGGUACUAAACUAUGUUGUCACUGGCACUGCCAUGGAAUUACAAGGUGUGAAAAACAUUUUUUUCCUGUAUUAUAGCAUUCCAUCAUUCAAUGUGUCUGUUUAAACAGACAAUAAAAUGUGUAUUAUAGUUCUAGAUGUGUGUAAUCAGUACUAAUGACAGAUAAUGGCAUUAUGAAAUGCAAUAAA